GUUCUGCAGUCGAAACACUGAUUUUUGUUCCCGUGAUGCCUCCGCGGCUCGGGCACAAAAUGAGUAAAAACCAAACACAGCCUCACAAACCGAGCAGGAGUCAGAUGUUUUCCGCUGAAUGCCGUGGACACAGAAAGGAGAGACUGCUGCAAACUCCCAUAUUAACCCUUCACUGACUGACAGACCGAACUCAAUGCACAUUUCUACUGUUUGAGGGGCGGGCUCUUCACGUUGAAGGGGAAAUAAAAAACCACCAGCAGUGAAGUUUGACAAUGAUUAACAGAGAGGUCACUUAAAAGACUACAGACAUGCAGUUGCAUUCGUCUCUUUGAAAAAACCCCAUGAUGAGGACUGAGGUGGCUUUUCUGGGCUUCUGUGGCCUGUGUCUCACUGUGGUGCAUGUCACAGAAGGAAUGGCAGUGAUACCUCCUUAUCCAGCAACUGUGAACUGUGCCUGGAGCCGCUGGUCAGAGUGGGGUUCUUGUGAUCCUUGCACCAAAACCAGAAGGAGAUCCAGAAGUGCCGAAAUGUUCGGUCAGUUUGGGGGACAGCCCUGCGAUGAGCCAAUUGGGGGCAGGGAGACCUGUGUAUCAGACGCUGUGUGUGAGCGACCUCCUCCACCUGCGUGCUCUGACACACAAUUCCAGUGCGAGUCAGGUACUUGUAUUCAGAAGAGAUUACUGUGCAAUGGGGACUAUGACUGUGAGGAUGGAUCAGAUGAGGACUGCGACGAACCUGUCCGUAAACCGUGUAAAUCACAAGAUCUGGAAAGCAACGAGCAAGGCAGGACAGCAGGAUACGGAAUCAACAUCUUGGGGGCAGAUCCCCGAAUGAACCCCUUCAACAAUGAUUUCUUCAACGGGAGGUGUGAGCGAGUGACGAAUCCAAGCACGGAGAGAAUUGACAGAGUUCCCUGGAACGUCGGUGUGCUCAAUUAUCAGACUCUAGUGGAAGAAACCAUUUCCAGAGAAGUCUAUGAAGACUCACACAGCCUUCUGAGAGACGUGCUGAAAGAGAUGUCUUCCAAAGUUGAUGUUGGACUGUCCUUCAAACUCAACCCAAGUGAGCCGCCCAUGUCGGGUAAUUCUUUUGCAGUGGGUUCGAAUAAUCAGUUUGAGAAGAAAACAAUGAUAAAGGAGGUCUCAGAGAUCACCAAUAUCACGAACAAGAGCUUCAUGCGGGUGAAGGGCAGAGUACAGCUGAGCACCUACAGACUCCGCUCCAUUCAGCUCAAAGUGGCCGAGGAGUUCCUGGAGCAUGUUAAGACUUUACCUUUGCAGUAUGAGAAGGGUAUUUACUUCUCCUUCCUGGAGGACUAUGGAACCCACUACACCAAGAACGGGAAGUCUGGAGGGGAGUACGAGUUCAUCUAUGUUCUCAACCAGGACAGCAUCAAGUCAAAACGUCUGACCGAGCGAAAAAUUCAAGAUUGUGUCAAAUUAGGAGUCACUGCAGACUUUUCUGCAGGGAAUGUAAGUGAUGGGAAAGCAAACUUCAACAAAGACGGGUGUGACAAUGUCACAACUACAGAAACCAGUGAAGCUGCAGGAAAAGCAGUGGUGGACAAAGUGAUGACAUCAGUUAAAGGAGGAACUCUGGCUACUGCUGCUGCUAUGAGGGCUAGAUUAAAUGAGAAAGGAGUGAUGGACAUUGGUACAUAUCAGAGCUGGGCCGCGUCCAUCGCUAAUGCCCCGGCACUGAUCAACAGUGAGCCAGAUCCCAUCUAUAAUCUAAUUCCACCAGAAAUGCCAGACGCUAACACCAGAAUAGCCAACCUGAAGCAGGCCACAGCGGAAUAUGUAGCAGAGUACAACACCUGCAAGUGCAAACCGUGCAUGAACGGAGCCACUCUGACUCUGCUGAAUGGAAAAUGUAUCUGCCUGUGCCCGCACCAGUUUGAAGGCUUGGCGUGUGAGAGUUUUAAGGCUGAUAAAUCCGAACACCAACGCGAAAGACCCGUCGUUGAUCAGGAAGGUAACUGGUCAUGCUGGUCCAGCUGGUCCAACUGUAGUGGAGGGACACGCAUAAGGUCACGCUUCUGUAACACGGAGGGGCUGGUUGCAGCUACGUGCAGAGGAGACACCAACAGUGAGGAGUACUGCUGAUUGGAGACAUAGUCAACAACAGAACACACUCUCUUUAUGUAGACACAUGAUGUAAUGUAAGUCUGAAAGCUUUUUGACUUAGGAUGUGUAGCAAGGAGAACAGAGUCACCCUGAGGUGUAGAUAAUAUAACUCACAGAUACAGAUUUUUUUGAAUGUAGAAAGAAUUUUUAUUUUUAUGACUUAAAUUUGAUACGUUUGGGUUUAAAGUGUCUGCUUUAGACAUUUGCACAAAUUUUGCCCAAAAGAUAUCUAUUUGAAAUGUGACACUGUAUGAA